GGAACCCUCUCGUUGAUUCCCGCUGGGAGUCGAGCCAGCUCAGGUUUGUGGCUGUUGUUGCUUCUUGUGUGUGUGACAGAUUCGGGGCUAAAACUCGGCUCUGUUUGCUCUUUACACCGGACUCCUGAGGGAAACCGAACCUGGACUGCCAGAACUGAACACUAACGGUAGAAAUGGAGUCUCAGGGCAGAGACGAAAUGAAGGGGCCGGUGCUGCACAUCGUGGUGGUUGGAUUUCACCAUAAGAAAGGCUGUCAGGUUGAGUUCUCGUACCCGCCGCUGAUGCCAAACGAGGGUCACGACAGCAGCCUGCUGCCGGAGGAGUGGAAGUACCUCCCUUUCCUGGCUCUGCCCGAUGGAGCCCACAACUACCAGGAAGACACUGUUUAUUUUCACCUGCCGCCUCUCAGUGUAGACAUGAAGUGCGUCUAUGGAGUGUCCUGUUAUCGCCAAAUAGAAGCAAAGGCCCUGAAGGUCCGACAGGCGGACGUUACCAGAGAGACGGUCCAGAAGAGCGUCUGUGUCCUCAGUCGAGUGCCUCUCUACGGUUUGCUCCAAGCUAAGCUUCAGCUCAUCACACACGCCUACUUCGAGGAGAAAGAUUUCUCCCAGAUCUCCAUCCUGAAGGAGCUGUAUGAGCACAUGAACGGCUCCCUGAGGGGCUCCGCUCUGGAGGGGUCGCAGGUUUAUCUCGGUUUAUCACCAAGAGAUCUCAUCCUGCACUUUCAGCACAAGGUUCUCAUCCUCUUCAAGCUCAUUCUGUUAGAGAAGAAGGUCCUGUUCUAUGUUUCUCCUGUAAACAGGCUGGUUGGAGCGCUGAUGACGGUUCUGUCACUUUUUCCUGGUAUGAUCGAACACGGCCUGGUGGAUUCGUCGCACUACAAACCAAAGAGCAGCGUGUCGGACGACCCGAGUCUGGUGGAGAGCGGCUUGGGAGCCGAGGAGUUCGUCUCCGUGUCCGUCACGGACAUCGCCCACGCCAACAUGGAGGCCACCCAGCCAGCUGCAGAGUCCCUGCCGUCGGGGAACAGCACGCAGGGCGACAGCAACCACCUCAAACCGCCGUCACGCACCUCUCCAGAGUCCUCCGAGAGCGACUGGGAGACGCUGGACCCCAGCGUGUUGGAGGAACCCAAAGAACCUGCAGCUGACAGCAGCGGGUCGGAUAUGCCAGACGCCUUCGACUCCAAACCAGGAACUCCGAUCACGGUGCAGCCGCUGGGGGUCAGCGGUCAGGCAGGGGUCAUCCAGGGUCUGGUGUCGGGUCUGGAGGAGGAUCAGUACGGCCUGCCGCUCCCCAUCUUCACCAAGGGUUACCUGUGCCUGCCUUAUAUGGCCCUGCAGCAGCAUCACCUCUUGUCGGACGUCACAGUUCGAGGCUUCGUCGCCGGGGCAACCAACAUCCUUUUCCGCCAGCAGAGGCACCUCAGUGACGCCAUCGUUGAAGUGGAGGAAGCUCGGAUCCAGAUCCAGGACCCAGAACUCCGAAAGAUCCUGAGCCUGACGACGGCUGACCUGCGCUUCGUAGAUUACCUGGUGAAACACGUGACGGAGAACAGAGACGACGUGUUCCUGGACGGGACGGGCUGGGAGGGAGGAGACGAGUGGAUCAGGGCCCAGUUCACCCUCUACCUGCACUCCUUACUCUCCUCUGCGCUACAGCAAGAUAAUGAGAGGCUGCUGGCCGAUUAUGGGGUGCCGUUCAUUGGAGCGUGGAAGAACACCCACAACUUCCGGGUUUGGUUCAGUAACAAACAUCCCGGCAUGACAGCCAUCACUCCAGGCCACCCGUUCCAGGGCCAGUACAGCGUAGCAGACGUGAAACUGCGGCUCUCACAUUCGGUGCAGAACAGCGAGCGAGGGAAAAAAAUCGGAAACGCCAUGAUCACGACCAGCCGCAGCGUCGUCCAAACCGGGAAGGCAGUGGGUCAGUCGGUGGGCGGAGCCUUAACGAGCGCCAAGUCUGCCAUGUCGUCCUGGUUCUCCACGCUGGCUCAGCCUCAACCUUUGACCCCAUCCUCAGGUCCAGAACCGGCCUCCGAGGUGAAGCCAUGACAGUUGGCAUCCAAACGUCCCGCAGCGACUCUUUCCGUCUCUUUCCGGACUAUGGCUGCUGUAGAUAGAAAAAAACGAGUAAAUCUCCAUCGAAUUUUUCAGAAAUUUCGAGAUUAAUCUCAGAAAUGUUCAAGAAAGAGAAGUGAGUUCCAAAGGUCAAAAAUUUACUAGAAAUAAAUGUGAAAUCUUUAGAUUGAUAUCAGAAAUAUCUGGAAAAAAGUUUAAACUUUUUUUUCUUUUUUUUUUUUUAAGAAAACUUACACUUU